UCACCACCGCCGGACACGCACACACCGCCACCGUCUCUGCAACGACAAGAAAUCUUAUUUUAUUUGAAUAAUUAUUAUUUUAUUUUUCCAUUUGCACAAACCUCGGCUUACUGAUUUUUUUAUUUUUAUCGUCGCCGACCGACCGACCGUCACACAAGACACCGCGCCAGCCUUCUUCGACGACAACAAGGAUUUUCAAAUAGAAAAGCGUUCAUACAAAAGGCUAUGCAAUGAUGAGCAUCGGCGAAGAACUGAAAUCCUCGAUGCCUUCGUUCAUCCAAUUCUGUUCCCGAGUGCACGAGGGUAACGGGCAAGAAGACUGGUGGACAGCCGGAGCCGACGCCGAAGCUUUUGCGCAAAACACCAAGGAAGAAUGGUUGUCGGACUCGGACAGCCAACAGACGAUCAUAUGCAGCACGACCAGCUCGUCGCCGGGCCCGUCCCUGGCGUCAACGUCGACCGGGGGAGGUCAGAAAGCCGGAUCUUCCAAGAACAAAGGCAGCCGGUCAAAGGACACGCCGGCGGGGCAAAAGCCCGCUCAAGUGGUAGCCAGGCGGAACGCCCGGGAAAGGCGCAGGGUGCAAGCGGUCAACUGGGCUUUUGCCAGACUCCGAAAGGUCGUGCCUUUGGAAGAGAACAAGAGCAAAAGGAUGAGCAAAGUGAAAACCCUACAGCUGGCUAUCGAGUACAUCAAUCAGCUCCAAGGAGUGUUGUCGUUGAGCCCGCACAAUCACAACGACAACGACCAUCAUCAGCUACUGACCACUGCCGAGAUAGGUCUGUUCUCAGACAUGCAGUACAAACUGGACCCGUCCGAAUUGUCGCAGUUUCGCAUGCCGCCAAACUUUUACACCCAACUGUUAGCUGAAAAUCAAAAUUGACAAAAAUAAAAAAUGCUCUCAGCUUCACGUCUUAGCUGAAAAAAAAAAAAAAAAAAAAUUCUAUACAAAUCGCUAUGUUUUUAUUUAUUAUUAUUAUUAUUAUUAUUGUCAUUAUAAUGAAUCAUCAUCGAACGAUGGCAGCGUUGGACCUUAAAGGCUUGUUAUAAGCUGAUGAUGAUUGUCAUUAUGAUAAUUAUUAUUUUUUAUUGAAAAUUAUACAAUAUAUUAUGAAUAUUAUUCUUACCGCACACGAACACGGUCGAAACGUUUAUUAAUUAAUUAUUAUUAAAUAUUAUUAGACAAUAAUAGAUUGUUUUUCUUUUUUUUUUACUCGGCGAAUUUUCUUCUAAACAAUGUUAUUGCCACUUUGUAGCAGAUUAUUAUUAUUUUUAUUUUUUCCAAAGUGGUAAAUACCGUAAUAAUUAUUAUCAACUGUUUAAUAUUAUUAUGUAACUUUUUAUAU